AUGGCUUCGCAUUUUCGAUUAACGUUCCGUGACUUACCUUCUUUGACCUUGCCAGACGAUGACUUUUUCCGUGCUCCAUACCCUGCGACUACUUCUGAAUACCUUGCAUUUUGCGAUGGACUCAAGCAGCACGCGAGCGCCUGGCAUCCAUCCGAUGCACCCUGGACAGUGGAUAUAGUACAGCGUUGGCGUUCCCUUGAUCUCCCCUGUUUGCGAACAAAUUUACUUCCCCCUGAAUACCGCCCUGUUCCCGAGGUUGUGCGGCACGCUUCGUUCACACAGCAAGAUCAGGAGGUGAUCCUCGCUAUGUAUAUUCCCCUCCAGACUGGUCCUCAGAAAUGGGGACAAGUCUGGCAUGGCACCAUGAACGUGCGAUCACUGAUUAGAACAGAAUCGAGGCAGGGUCUUGCACCGGCUCCUGUAGUUGUGAAGAUUUUUCAGGAGAGUCUGUUUGAAGAUCCUUCCUUGUUCGAGCCUGAGAUGGGCAUCGCACAAGGAGGGUGGCUGACUGGCGCACAGCAGGCGCGGCGGGAGGCGUGGGCGUACUCCAGCACGCGAUCGCUUCAAGGCCGAGAAGUUCCCUGGUCGUAUGGUAUGUUCAAGUUCCGGCUCUCACAUGGUGAGCUUGCUUUUGCGCAUGUAAUGGAAUGCGUGGAAGGACAACUCGGGAAGAAUGUCUCCCUUCGCGAUUCUUCUGAGGCUCAGCUUUGGCUACUGGCGGACGCUAUUUCGUCUGGCUUCUACAAGAUGAUCGAGUGUGGUAUAUUGCAUUUCGACCUGAGUCUGCGCAACAUAAUCAUCCGACUUGGGUCCAGCUACCCUGUGGUGUUCCUCGACCUGACGUUCGCCUUCGAAUAUACCGAAUCCAUGAUCGACGACGGGGUCAUUCCGCUGAUGAUUGCCCUGCGGGACAUGGGGGCAGACAUGUACGUGAUCAAAGCAUGGCUCGACGAUAGAGUCCACAGCGGCCUAUCCUGGAGCCGGAUGUUCGUGCGCGGAUUUGAGCUGCGGCCGCAUUGGUUUGACCAUGUGUCGGAUAUCAUGACGCCUGAGCAUCGGAGGGAAUUGUUUGAGGGCCCACGCUUGAAAUUGCCGUCCUCAAUCCUUCGGUUGCUCGGCGCUCACCAGAUAGAUGCCUCGUCCUGUUGA